GAUGCGGUUGCUGGUGGGGCUCGGUGGUUUCCCCUUAUUUCUUCUCCUCCUGCUGGGGCUACUGAGCCUCGGCCGCGCCCGCCGCCCACCCGCGGCCUCCCGCCCGGCUGCUUCCUACCGCACUUGCCACCUCCCGCAGCAGGUUGAUCACUUUGGAUUUCUUGAAAAUCGUACGUUCCAGCAGCGGUACCUAAUAGCAGACCAGCACUGGAAGAAAGAUGGUGGAUCAAUACUUUUCUAUACUGGCAAUGAAGGAGAUAUCACAUGGUUUUGCAAUAACACAGGUUUUAUGUGGGAAGUGGCUGAAGAGCUUAAUGCCAUGUUAGUAUUUGCUGAACAUAGAUACUAUGGUGAAUCCUUGCCCUUUGGAAAUAAGUCUUUCAGUGAUUCCAAACAUCUGAAUUACUUGACAUCAGAGCAAGCUUUGGCGGACUUUGCGAUACUAAUUCAACACAUCAGGAAGACAAUCCCAGGAGCCCAAAACACUCCUGUGAUUGCCAUAGGGGGGUCAUAUGGAGGGAUGCUUGCAGCCUGGCUUAGAAUGAAAUAUCCUCAUGUAGUAGAUGGAGCUCUUGCAGCCUCGGCCCCAAUAUGGCAGUUCCAGGAUUUGGUUCCCUGCAGUGUGUUCAACAGGAUAGUGACUAAUGACUUCAAGAAGAGUGGAAAAGGCUGUUCAGAAAGCAUCCGAAAUUCUUGGGAGGCUAUUAAACGCAUCUCCUCUACAGGUGAAGGCUUGCACUGGCUUUCCAGUGCAUUUCACUUAUGCAGCCCAUUGAAAUCCACACAAGAUGUUGCUGCAUUGAAAGCUUGGCUGAGUGAGACAUGGGUAAAUUUGGCAAUGGUAAACUAUCCGUAUAAAGCUGACUUCUUGCAACCUCUGCCUGCUUGGCCUAUUCAGGUGGCUUGCAAGUUCCUGAAAGAUCCCAGUUUGUCGGACAAAUUAUUACUACAGAACAUUUUCCAGGCAUUAAAUAUCUACUACAACUACUCGGGAGUUGCAUCGUGCUUCAACAUAUCUCAUACUGCAACAAAGAACCUUGGGGAAGCGGGCUGGUACUAUCAGGCUUGUACAGAGAUGGUGAUGCCCAUGUGCACAGAUGGUGUCAAUGACAUGUUUGAGCCUCAGAAGUGGGAUUUCCAGGCAUUCUCUGAAGAGUGUUUCAAACUCUGGGGAGUGAGGCCUCGUCCAUCAUGGAUUCCUUCAGUUUAUGGAGGGAAGAACAUCAGUUCUCACAGUAACAUCAUUUUCAGCAAUGGCGGACUGGACCCAUGGUCUGGAGGUGGAGUGACUCAGAACAUCACAAACUCUUUAGUUGCCAUUGUGAUUCCUGAAGGAGCUCAUCACUUGGACCUGCGCAGCAGUAACCCUUGCGAUCCCAAAUCUGUGCGGCAAGCCCGGGCCUUGGAAGUUCACUAUAUGAAGCAGUGGAUUGGAAAGGCCACACAAAGGCACUAAAGUGGCUA